CUCGGCGGCGAUCGGUGCUGAAGUGGGGCGGAUGGCAGAAAAACAGCGGCGAUGGACAUUACACCACAGGAUUCCCAUUUAUGAUGUCGUUAAAUAAGCAUCGGGACAUCGCAUUUUCACACCCAUCACCCUAGGACACUGACAGCCGGACGCAAAGGGGAUGCUGUACUUUCGCUGCACCCUGCACUCUCGAAUCCAUAAAUGACCCUUUCACCGAGAUCUGAGGAAGCCUAGGAGGCGACGGCGAGUGAAAUCAGGAAACGAGGAGAGGAAGUUGUUACGUUUCACCUCAGCCCUGGUGUCAGUCAGUGAUGGUGAGACGAGUAACUUCUCUUCCCUGUGGUGAAAAGACCCUCCCCCUCCAGAGAGACAAACAGCCGCUCCAUUAGCCGAUAAGACGCCCAGAAACGCACUCCUUUAACCAGCCUGCUAUCAUCCAGCAACCUGUUACCUCACGCCAUGACUACUCUGUCUCACCUGUUUCCUGAAAAUCACUAAUUCAUGCCCCGCAGUGUGAGUGGAGUGGAGAUGAGAAAAAGGCAGGCGGCGCACAUCGAGGCCCCACCACAGGCCCCCGGUCAGCCCCGACCCAACACCUGCUGUCUCUGCUGGUGCGGCUGCUGCAAGUGUCUCUGGAACGAAGACAGGAUCGAGAGGAGUGAGCGUCAGACCUGCACCAAGAUGGACAGCAUCGAAGCUGCAGAAGAACAACAACCCAGUCUAGACGAAGCGCUGUCGUGGGCUCGGAGCUUUGAGAUGAUGCUGCGCUCGCUGGAGGGCCGGGAGGUCUUCCGGGAGUUCCUGCGCUCGGAGUACAGCGAGGACAAUCUGCUGUUCUGGUUGGCCUGUGAAGAGCUGAAGAAGGAGACGGAUCCCAUAGUGGUGGAGGAGAAGUCCAGGAUCAUAUAUGAAGACUACGUGUCCAUAUUAUCUCCCAAAGAGGUGAGUCUGGACUCGCGUGUCAGAGAAGGAAUAAACCAGACCUUGACGGAGCCCAGCAACCUGAUGUACGAAGAGGCCCAGUUCCAGAUCUACACCCUGAUGCACCGCGACUCCUUCCCCCGUUUCCUCAACUCCUCCGUUUACAGAGACCUCCUGGCAAACAGGAGGCGCACCUGCCUCGAGACCUAGACCCCUCACCGUCCCUCAUCGCCAUCGUACGCCAACGAGACUACUACUUAAACUUCAAAUACUACUAUGGUGCCAGAAGUCGGGUUUGGAAAAUCUCUCCCUCUUUUUUGAUUGAAAAGACUGAACGACAUCCAAGAUAGCUGGUUGUUUUUUUAUUUAUAUUUUUUAAGCAAUUUAUAUCCAGUUCUGCAUUGGAGCCAGGUCGGCCUUUGCUGGUUGGUUUUUGGUCAAUUUAAGACCAUGAAUGCUGUCCAGUGAUUGUUUUGCUAGCAUUUGUGCUGUUUGUUACUGGCCAACCCACUUGUCAGCUGUCGGUUGAAAUGGCCAACCUGACGGCCAGCUGCUGGUUAACUGUGGACAAGGACUCCUCAGGCGGUGGAGACAGAAAGAGAGAGAGAGACUAAAAGGACACGCCAACUGUUCCUGUACUGUAAUAUCUAGACCUCAUGCUUUCUAUCCUCACUUUUAAUACUCUCUCUCUCUCUGAAACUCAUUCAGUCAUAUUGUUUUGCUUUUCUAUUUCUGUCACAUUCCUCCAAUGUGUAAAAAGUUUUAUUUCUUCACUGUCCAAACAUGACAUUUAGUAGUUGGUGGGAGUCGGGAUGUCUCUGCCCGUUUAACCAAUUGAAGCACUGGCUCUGCAUGUAACUCUCUCUCUCUCUACAGUAGCUUGACGAUGUAAGCCGCGGACUGCAACUAUUUUUGAAUAUUGAGAUGUGUAAAGACAGGGGUCCUGUCUCGUUGUCUGGGUGUCUUUAUUCGGUGAAGGGAAAAAGUACACUUCUACCAAUUUUAAGCUUACUGCAGUUUUUUUUAUUGAGCAGAUUUGAUGGCUUCUGCAGCAAAGGCAGCAGCACCUACCCAUCCAUCCAUCCACCUGUCCAUCCAUCUGUCCGUCCAAGCACUUUCCUUCUUUAGGAUUGUUGAACUGGGAGAAGUAAGGGCUAGAAUUGUGGUUGGGCAGCUACAUGUAUUAUUAUAACUCAUGAACUUUAGACAAAAAAUCUCUCCUUCGAGAAAAUCACAAUGCCUUUACAUGUAAGAAAAGGCAGCACAAGCGCUGCUGGAGUUUUUCUGGAAAGCAACCACAGUUUGUCCAACGAUCCCUACCUCCCAUCUUUUUCCCUCCUCCCUCCGACUCAGACCAUCACAGCCUGACAAGCACAGGUGCCCAACGGUGGGAGGGGGGGAACCACUACUGAAGAAAAUUGAAACAAACCCACGUUGACUCCAGAUACAUCAUGAAAUUCUAGCGCAGAUGAAGGGUUAGGGAUUACCUUUUAGUGUUUCAAUAUUAAUUAUAUGCAGAUGCAGCAGGCACUGAUCCAACUGAUAGGGUUUUUGAGCCCUGGCCUUUGACUGUAAGGCUUUACCUUUAGAUGCUGUAGGUUACAUAGAAGUCACUGCAGUUUGUUGUCCAGUAUCACGCUGCAGAUACGAAACCCGGGUGCCAAACAUGAUUUUAAAGAUGCUGUGAUAUCAGAUGUGAUUUGCCACCAGGUUGUAGACUCCCUGUGUUUCUGGUGCAUGUCGGUGUCUCCAGCAGAUGGAGCUGGGAGAAUGUAUGGUAGACCUUCAGUUAGCUACCGCCCAUUCAAGACACUAAUUUUUAACCUGAGCUAGUGAAGAGGGUUGGUAUAAUAAUGCUAACAAGCUACCGUACCGGGCUAGCGAAGACGUUUGUGUAGUCAUGCUACAUGCUAGCCUUCUCGAUAGAGGCUAACUAGGUGUUAGCAUGCUUUAGGCAAGCAGUCAGCAUGCUUGUGCUAGUCAUGCUAACCCUCCAUCCGACUGCCAGCCCUCACACACUCUGGUUUGUUUUUCUAAUCUGACUUUCACAGCAUGCGAUGAUAAUGGCUAUGUGUGUGUAUGGUGUAGUUACACACUUAACAGAAAAAUGUAGAAAAAAAAAACUUUACGAGGGUCUUGCCAAAUGUCCCAUUAACCUGUUUAGUAUAUAAAAGGACAUUUGGUCUUUUGAUGGUGUGAACAUUUGAACCUUGUUCCUGGCCUGUGGAUGUGCAGUAGAAAGUGCAUGAGUGCAGUAUAUGCUAUUUUGUUUAAUUAACCAGGCCUCCGAGUAUAUUCAUUGUUUAACAUGAUGGAUAGCUGACCUCUUGGUUUGGUGGUUAGUGCGGUCUUAAAGUGUCAAUUAAAAACAGUGCCACUCCUCACUGAUAAAUCUAGGCGUCCAUGUUGCCACCUCCUUUUACUACCUGAAGUCCAUGUGCCAAGUUUGGAUAGAUCAAAUUAAAGAGUAGACAGUGCAGGAUGUCCACAGAGUAAUGAAGUGCAAUUGGAUUUAGUUAUUAAUUAUAGAUUGGAGUCUAUAUAAAUAAGAAAUCAUUUAUUUUAAUCUAAAAAAGUAGAAGAAUAGAAAUGCACGUCCUCUGCCAGAUCUUAACUCAAAAAAAUAUCCAUAGUUGAAUUUUUCUUAACACUUAUUUACGUUGACGGUGUGGAAAAUGCUAACUAGAUGAAUCUGCCAAGUCAAAAAAAAGUGGCUAUAUUCAAACAAAAGUGGAAAUCAAAUAUUGAUUUUAAAUCGGUCAAACUGACACUGUAAAUCAAGAAGACAAGUCUAAACUAAACAGUUUUGCAAUGUUCCUUAUUGAAAUGAUGCUAUGUUCAACCUUGGGCAACACAGUACUACCUUAAUACCCCAAAGGACUUGAUAGAUAUUGCUUGGCGGCUGUAAUGAAGAGCUGUGCAUGCUUGCACCAACUUUAUCAGAUCCAUAAUAAUUUAGAGUAAUUUGCCAAAUCUGAUACUGAUACAUCAGUAAUCUCACUUUAGACGUUGCAUUUGGGCAACUCUAUAACUUUUUGACUGAAUAGAAGAAUGCCUGUGACUCAUUAAAAGCAGAACAUGUCUUCUUCUGCACGGUACAGCUACAUUUCCUUGUGGCUGACUACACGGUAAUUUAACACGAGAAUGUUUCACCAAGAACCAGAUAAUGAAAUGAUGGUGCAAUUAAACCAAGUUUACAUUUAUAAAUAGUGAGAUGUGUGUACCUUAUUGAAUAACCGCGGGGAGCUAACUGUCCUCAGUGUGAGCAGAGAAGCCAGCAGGUCUCUGCCCAGUGCUAACUCCAUUAGCACUUUACAGGGUUUACAGGGAGGACAGACGCAGCAGAGCCCCACGAUUUCUGCUCACGUCCUUUCCUCAUAAUUUAUUGUGACUUUUACACAGUGGGGAAAAGUACACGGUUGUUUAUUUUUAAUAACUGCAUUUCAAAUGUAGAUUUUACAAGCAAUGAUGAUGAUGUGAAGUGAUGUAGUGUCAUCGCUGACUCUAGAUUUUUGUCUUUAACUUUCCAUGGGUUUAAGUGAGUGGGUUUUUGAAACGUGGCUGUGGUUUCAUCGACUACAAAGAAAGGUUGCGAGCUAAAGUGUCCUGAUGGGUUGGAGGAGGUUUGCGAAGCUUUGGCCUUACUGACACGUUUUAUUUUUUUCCUUUGUAUAAAAUAACAACAACAAGCGUCUCUGUAGGCUUUUCACUACCUCUCAUGUUGGUUAAUUUAUUUCACAUCUAGUUGUCAAUGUACAAGUUGUUUUUAGAUCUACUUGAAGCCUAACACUGUAAACAAAAAUGUGCACAGAAAAAUGACUAUGUAUAUGACCAGAGGGGUUAAUGAGAGCUUGGCCUAGUCGACAUUAUUUUUUUGUUUGUAUGUAUGUUUAUUUUUAAUUAUGUUGAGCUGAAUUAGAUUUUGCAUCUCUAUAACGAAUUCAGGAAUCCACUGUCUAAGGGCUAAUCCCAUUUUUGCCUAUGCAAAUCUGUUACUGUGGGUGAGUUGGGAAAGGGCGAGCUACCGCACCUUUCACCUGUUUGAUGGACCAUGGUUUACAAUGCCCUUUGCUGAUAUUCUUCAAUCUUAUUCAGCAAAAAUGUACGCUUUCUUUUUGUUUCUAUAUAAAUAUUAUACAUAAAUAUCUAUAUAUAUAGAUAUACUGUAUAUAUAACAAUUAAUAUACAGAGAAAAUAGUAUAUGCCUUCAUGAUGAUAAAAAAGAAACCUUGCUGAAAACAAAUAAAUGUGUUGUUGUCUGACAUGUGGCUGUGUGCUGGAGUCUUGGUAAAACGACGACUGGAACGGACGGUGAAGCGACUGACAGAAGAGUCGACUCACUGACUCUCAUUACUACAACAGGCUACAAAACCAGUAGCUGACCCUUUGCAGCAAUCCCUAACUGAGGGGAAACACAUUUUUUCAUUUAACUAAAAACCACAUCAUGACUUUCAAGUACUUUAUUCCAGCCCUUAGCCAGUGAGAUGAAUGAGGUGGUCGGGCCGCGCAGGACUACGUCUUUGUCAUUUUUCAGUGUAACAUUUGGUCAAUUUUAAAGCAAGACUAUGUAUCUUUUGCUUAACAGAAGCUAUAGAUACCACUGGAGACAGCAAAGCCAAAACAUUGUGUCAAGGUAGCAGAAAUAGAGACAUGUCAUAAACACAGCAACUUACUGUAAUAUCAAUAGAAGGAUGAGAUCUGGGAAAAGAUUGCUAGCAUUAGCUAACAUUAGCCGCGACAAGCUUGUGGCUACACUCAAUCUAAGUAAAGAUUUAACGCCAUGAUAUUUGAGCAGAUCAAAUUGAGCAAAUGUUGCGUUUUACUGCUCAUUAAUUAAGUUUUCAUUAGGAAUUUGACAGGCUUUGUUACUUUUAUUCAAAAGUUGCAUAGUCUCACUUUGAAUGGCUGAGUUCGAGAAAGGGCACUGUCAAUAUGAAGUCCCAUUUCUUAUCCAGUAAUCCAUUAAUAGUAUCUAAGAAAUGAUAAACACUUUAUUGUGAUAAUCUUUUUGUUGUGCGUCAGUGGAGCCUGCACAGAUGUUAGUGCGAGUUAAUAAUUCAAAGUGUGCAGCACCAUGUCGUCAGCAAACAGCAGGAACUUAUUUUACAAUCCUCCAUAUUCUUAUUCUUUAUGUAGCCACAUCCAGUCAGACUAUCACUGUGCUAAUACAGUAGCAUUGAUUUAGGACACAUCAGCAGAAGUGGGCUUUCUGUUUUUUUAAUAAUCCCCUAAUGCAAGAUGUAAGAAAAGUCAAUAAUAUGUUACUUAUAAGACCAUUCACUCCUGAGAGCAUCUUUAAGCUUCAAGUUGAGGGUUGAUUUAGGUCUGAUCAUUUAUUUUUUAACUCUUAUUUGUACAGAAAAUAUGGCUCUGUGGAAACGACAGUAGGAGGGUUGAUGUAUAGAUUUUUCUCCUUAAGUCCUCACAGUGCAUCAUGACUGAAGAGAGACAGGUUAUCGACUGAUGGUGGUUAGAAACGUAACCUUCUUUGUGUGAUUUGGUGCCUCUUUAUGCUUCACAACAGACCUCAAGAUCUCUUUCUGUCACUAAAAUAAAAUUGCAGUUAAAGUGAGAUGGUCCCGUUUUACAGCAAAAAUUCACCAAUGUUUAUUCCUCCUACUGGCACCCUCAUAUUGUCUCUUUUGUACCUCUUCCGAAGGUGUUAGUGCUACUUCAAGGAAGAGAUUAUAUUUGUGCAGGUACCUGGUUGAAGUUUCAACAGUUUAAGGCAAUCACUUUCCUCUUUAUUGAUUUAGAUGCCUAAACCUCCUGGUUUUUGUCAUGCCUUUGUAGAUAAAUCACAGUCGUUGAGAGAUGAUCUGCAGGUGAAAAUAAAAAUAAUGUUACCGUCACUUUACACGAUAAAAAAAAAGUGACAUUUUUUCUAUUCAGCAUGCUUUUUGCUAAAUAAAUGAAAUAAUUCAGUUAUUUGCUAUAAACGAUACUGUAUGAGUAUGUAUUCAAGUACUGCAGUAUGCAGACAAUUAAAAAUAUCAGAAACUCUCUUGAGAGGUUCAUAUUUUUCUUCUAGUAUGUUUCACUAAUAUUGAUGGUUAUGGGUUCCUAAUUCUUGUUCGAGUGUCUCAUGAAUUGCCAGAAUUACUAAAUGACCCUCUCUGUAUUAACAAAUAUACACUAUGGUUGGUUAGUCCACAUGCAUGACUUGCAGAGUAAUUUUACCUGGACAGUUCUAUUGCAGCGGGCUUUUUAAUCAAAAGUUAUGUCAGUUUCACGAUGUUCCACUGGAAGCUUGACAAGUCUGAUUAUGGCUGAGAUCCUGACUGAGAUUAAAUAUUUUCCUUGUGCACUAAAGGUCAAGAAAAUGCAAAGUAAAUCAAGAAUCAUCUUGCCACACAACUUAAAUGUGACCUCAAGGUUUCAUAUGUAAAAUGUUCGGAUAAUGCUGAAGCUUCGAACAGCAGCCAGUAAGCUCGAGAGUGAAAAGAUGUUGCCAAGGAUAUGACGGCUUUCAUCAUGACAUUUUUGAGUUUUUUCAAAAGUAAAUGAACCUCAAUCCUUGAUUAGAAGUCUGGAGUGCAGGAAAUCUCUUCACUGUAGCAUUGAAAGUGCUUUCCUGUGUUAUUAGUCCAACCUUGAUUGAACACCACCUUCUGAUUAACAGGAUUGACUCGUCUCGUACUCAUUUGAACAAAUUUAACACAACUGAACAUUCAGGAAUUUGUACAUUGAAUCAUGUUGGUGUUGGCAAUCCUCUGCAUGAAUAGAAAGCCUUUAUUGUCAUUGUUCAAAGAUAUACAACGAGAUUUUGGAGCGCAACCCUGUCACUAGUACAAUACAGAUAUGACCAUAGUUUUCACCAAGGACAGCAGAAUCAGGAUUCAAGAAAUAUUAAUAUUCUUUUUAUUACUUACUUUUAUUAUUCAGAUUAUUUUGGCUUGUUAAAGUUCACAAAAGUUGCAUAAUUGUAAAACACACUUUUUCUUGAAGAAAGUUGGAGAAGAUGAAUACUUCUCUUUUGACAUGAGAGUGGUGUUUAACUCAAAUGAGCAAAAUAAAUCGAUUUCAAUCCUUGUAUUAAAGAAAUUGAUGAGCUACAUAAAGUCAAAGGAGAAAGACCUGACACACUAAUCAAUGCAACUGUCCCAGGAAGUGUAUUAAAGAACAAAAUGUGCCAAAUUUAUUACUUUUGAUUUCAUGUAAAAGGGUCAAUGGUAUUGUUGGAAAUCAUGUAUUCUGUUGGAAAUGUUCCUCAAGAAACACACUUUGUUAUCUGUCUUUUCACGUUGCUGUCGUGGGUUUUUGUGUAAUUUCUCUGAAUCAUCCAGAUAUAAUCUACUUCAUCAACAUGUAACCAACAGACCUUUGUAAACAGCAUUUUGACUCAUCUUGAUUUCAUGCAACGUUAUCCGAUUCAACUGAAAUUGUAACUGUCACAAACAACUAUUUUAAAUAUGUUUUGUAUUCUUAUUUAUUUGAACAGCAGGUUUAUUUCAGUCGUUGUUUCUUCUUUCAAUACAAAGAAAGUGUUGUUUAUUCACCUUUAUCACCACACGAGUCGCCGUCACAUCACCAGCGUGUUCAGUUGUGGUACAUUUUGAGGUUCAGUCUCUGUCUUUCUUUACAUGAUGGCAUCUUUUAUUAUGAGAAAACUCUGAUCUACGGUAACUGCCCUUGAAUAUCUGUAAUUUAAAUAGUGCUGCUAGAGAAAGAAAUCUAAAUGUAACAACUUACAAUAAAACCUUAAUAGAUUUUU